AUGGAACACCCCACGGCCCCUUUGCCCCUUCGUCUCGCCGCCUGCGCCAGCUUGGCUGCGGCCCCGUGGCUGGCGGCGCUCGCGCCGCAGAUGCUGCGGGCGCUCUCCCUGCGGGCGCGCCACCCCGCCGAGCGCCUCGAAGUCCUCGCCGCCCACGUGCGCAUGUCCUCCUCCAGCGCGAGGUCGUCGCCAGAGAGUGCACCCCUGGCUGCGGCGCUGGUGGCCGUGUUUGAGGAGGUCAAGGCCUUCGGCGAUUGCGCAGAGGACGACCGCGCCAAGCUGCAGGCAGUUGCCUGGGAGUCGUCGGUGCGCGUCGCCGAGGCGGCCCUCGCGGCGGGGCUGGCGCAGCGGGCGAAGGAGUGGGCCUCCUGGGCGGCGCACUUCUGCGAGGGGGACGCCGGCAGGCUCGCGGACGCGCGCCUCCUGGUGGCCCUCUGCCACCUCUCCUGCGGGCUGCGCGAGGAGGCCCUCGCCGAGGCGGGGGCGGCGCUGGCGGGGUGCCCCGGGCACGCCCCGGCCCUGGAGCUGCUCCAGGCCGACGCGGCGCGGCGUGGCGACCGGGCGGGCGCGGCGGCGCUGCUCGCCGCGCGCCCACGCGACGGCGGGUCUCUGGCAGCUCGGGCAGGGGCCCUGGUGCGAACCCUGCGCAACGAGGUGCCCGCCGGGCGGCCUCCGGAGGCGGCUCGCACUCCAGCGCGCGUGCUGCGCUCGCGCCUGCAGCUGGCCGUGGCGCUGCAGAUGCCCGCGUCCGAGGUCACCGAGCUGCUGUCAGCGUUCGCCACGCUCCUCGAGCAGAUGCAGAUCAGCGCCUGCUCCGAGUCCAAGGGCGGCUCGGCAACUGAGGAGGCGGAGGCAGGAACGGGGGCAGCCAAGUGCGCGGCCAGAGACGAGGCCUGGGAGGUGGUGCGGCUGACGAACGAGUACGCGGAGGCGUGCCGCAGAGACGGGGCGUGGAACAGUUGCGGCGAGGUCCUCGAGGCCCUGUCCCUACUGCAGCACAGGCUUGGCGCGGCUCCGCUCGAGCAGGCCCGCUGUCUUGUCCACCGCGCCGACGCCCUAGUUUGCGGGCUCGCGGAUGAGGAGUCCUCCAGCGACUUGCCAGGCGGCCCGGCGGAGCGAGCGGGCGCCUUGGUGCAGGAGGCGCGCCAGCUCCUGAGCCUGAGCGACCACUGCGGCCCUGGGCAGCAGCCAGACUGGGGGCGACUGCGCGACCUGGCCUGGCUGCUGGAGAUGAAGCUGUGCUGCCGCCUCGGCACGACCGCCACUGCGGCGUUCCUGCGCGAAGUGCGCCUCGCGGCCGAGGGCCCGCAGGGGCCAGCCGCCGAGCCCCCGCCGCCGCUGCUCCUGCUGGCGCAGGCCGCUCCCAGGGCGACCCCUGCCGGCGCCGACGUCGCCAGCCUCUGCCUGCGCCUCCGCCUGGCCACGACGGCGCAGCCGGCGAAGGCGCGUGCGGGCACUGCGGCGGUUGGCCGCGCCGGGCUGUGCCGCCAGCUGCUGGACCUCCUGCCGCAGCAGGAGGAACGGCUCGAGGCGGUGCGCGACCUGUACUUGCAGUGGCACCUGGAGGGCAGCGGCCAGGGUGUCCCGGCAGGCGGUUUCGGACCCGACGGCGAGGAGGAAGUUUGGUGGUUGCUGGCCUUCUCGUGGGACAGCGCCUCGCGUUCUUGGCUCUGCGGUGACCACAGGCAAAGCAAGGCCUGGGCCGAUGUCGGCGUCGGACUGCUCCAGGCAUGCUCGAAGGCAGGCUGCUUACCCAGCUCAAUUCCGCUCGGAGGUCCCACGACAACCCGUGAUGAUGGUGCAGGAGAGGCUUGA